UACACCCUGUCUGUGCGCGUGCAGGAUCUCGGAGGAGCGUCGGAGACCGCGCUGAGUGGAAGCGCCAGAGUGCGCAUCGUCGUACAGCAAAACCUUUGGGUCAAUCCUGGACCUAUAACUGUUAGAGAGCACUUGAAGGAAACGUACCCUCUGGAUAUCGCAAAGGUUCAGUCUAAUGAUCCCAACGCCAUCUACAAGUUAGUGCAGAAAGAGCGAGAGCUGAAAUUCCCCUUCCAGAUCACAGAAGAAGGAAAAAUACUUCUGAUAGAGGAGCUGGACAGAGAAGACAAGGACAUGUACAUCCUGGUGGUGUUCGCAGUGGAUGACAAUGACAAACAGGUGGAUCCGCCCAUGGAGAUUCAAAUUUUGGUGGAGGAUGUGAAUGACAACGCACCUGCGUGUGCAAACGAGGAGAGUGUGUUUGAGGUGCAGGAGGACGAGCCUGUAGGCAGCCUGAUUGGACAGCUGUUGGCCCACGAUGACGAUCAAGAAGGGACACUGAACUCUCAUCUGACUUUCACCAUCCUGUCCCAAAAUCCCUCCACCACACCCGAAGCCUUCUCCAUCGAUGCUGAUUCUGGAAGGAUCCAGGCUUUGCGCUCGCUGCAGCGAAAAGACCAUCAGAUGUAUAACCUCAAUGUCAGAGUGAACGACCCAGCUUUCAGCACAGAAUGUAAGGUCGUCGUUAAGGUCAUUGACGUCAACAACGAGAUGCCUCUGUUUGAGAAGACAGAUUACGGCAGUCAAACUCUGGCAGAGGACACUCCUGUGGGACACACAGUGCUCACCAUCAGAGCAACAGACGCUGAUGAUCCAGACAGCGGCAGCUCUCUUAUCGAGUUUCACAUCACUGCUGGCAACGAUGAUGAACUUUUCACUGUGGAGACCGACGGCAAAGGCAUCGGCCAUCUGGUUGUAGCUAAGCCUUUGGACUUUGAGUCCUCUCCCACCCUCAAGCUCCAGAUAGACGCUCGUAACCCAGAGCCGCUGAUGAAGGGUCUGGAGUACGGCAGCGAAUCCACAGCCUUCGUCUCCGUGUCUCUCACCGACGUGGACGAGGUUCCAGAGUUCAGUCUGGACAUCCUGGAUGUGACUGUGCCUGAAAACACCACCAAGGGAUCAGUGCUGCUCACUGUGGAGGCGAAGGAUCCAGAGGGCAAAGAGAUCGGUUUUAAGUUGGACGGUGACACUCGGGGCUGGCUGGAGAUCGAUACUGCCACAGGAGAGAUCAAAACCAAAGACAAGCUGGACAGAGAAACAGUGGACACUUUCGAAGUCACCGUAGUUGCAUUUGAGAAGG